UCUUGUUUCUCUGCAUCCCAUACAUUAACAUGUACCUCACAAUGCACUCGACCUUGCAGAAUUCAUCCGAGCAAUAGCUGCACCCCCCCCUUCCACGCUUAAGUUGCACAUUUCCAGAUGAUGUUCAUAUAAACGGAGAUCACUGCUAUCAGCAGCAGGAGCAGAAGUUGCUAAGUUUGUGGAUUUUAGUUAUAAUGCUACAGCACUGGAAGGAGCUGGCUCGUCUGUGACUCAUUUUGUUCUGUGGAUAGAUGUCUUGCUAAAUCCUGUCAGUGUUUUAACUGAAUUACGGGGAGAAAUGUCAAAUACCUGAUGAUUAUGAGUCAUUUGCUAAGCCAGACUGAAUGGACCCUUACUAAACCAGUUUGAAUGGAUCCUUUUAACUAAGCCAGUUUGAAUGGACCCUUACCGGCAGCACUGCCACCACGACUAAUUAUUCAAUUGAAUUCUUCAAUUUAAUGCCAGUGUGAAUAGCUGCAGGGUUAGUACUAUGGCCAGAUAAUCGUGUUAUAUUUGUUGGUUGGUACUGCUCUCUGAACCUGUUACAAAAGCAAUCCCACGGUUCCUCACAAUUAGACUCCUGGAAUUGCAAUGACUGCCUUUUUGGGGGUUAUGUCAGAAUCUUCAUCUGGUCCUGAGAUGGAUAACGAGUCUUUAUUUUCCUUUAAUAAUUCCUGUCUGGGAGGCAUGGUCUACCCCUGUACCAAUAUUUCAGACUUGGAAGAGUAUGGGGAUCCUCCACGGCCACCUCAGCUGGUGGAUGCAUGGCUAGUGCCCCUAUUUUUUGCCAUGCUGAUGUUAGUAGGGCUGACUGGAAAUUCUCUGGUCAUUUACGUAAUCUCCAAGCACAAGCAGAUGAGAACCGUCACCAACUUCUAUAUAGCUAAUCUGGCAGCAACAGAUAUAAUUUUCCUUGUUUCCUGUGUGCCUUUCACAGCUGCACUUUAUCCCCUACCUGGCUGGAUAUUUGGGGAAUUUAUGUGCAAAUUUGUCAACUACAUCCAGCAGGUGUCAGUACAAGCCACCUGUGUCACUCUCACGGCUAUGAGUGUGGAUCGUUGGUAUGUGACAGUGUAUCCAUUGCAGUCCCUGCGCCAAAGAACCCCACGUGUAGCUGCUGCGGUUAGUGUGGGUAUCUGGAUUGGUUCCUUCAUUGUUUCUAUCCCAGUUCCUAUCUAUAAUCAACUUGUAGAAGGUUAUUGGUUUGGACCACAGAUAUACUGCAGUGAAGCAUUCCCAUCUGUAUCACAUGAGAAAGCUUUCAUCCUCUACAACUUUCUGGUGGUCUACUUGCUGCCAUUGAUCACAAUCUGUGUCUGCUACUCUGCCAUGGUAUACCAGAUGGGUCGUCCAUCUGUAGAACCGAUCGAUAAUAGCUACCAGGUACAGCUACUAGCUGAGAGAUCUGAACUGAUGCGUACGAAGAUAUCACGUAUGGUGGCUGUUAUUGUCCUGCUGUUCACAAUCUGUUGGGGGCCUAUCCAGCUAUAUAUCUUGUUUCAAGCUUUUAGUCCCAGCUUUAAACGAGACUACUACACCUACAAAGUGAAGAUUUGGGCCAACUGCAUGUCUUACACCAACUCAUCAAUCAAUCCUAUUGUAUACGCUUUUAUGGGAGCCAACUUCCGCAAGGCCUUCAAUAAGGUCUUCCCGUUCCUUUUUAAGCAACGAGUGGGGAGUACUGGAGUGGCUAAUGCCAACGCAAAUACAGAAAUGCAAUUUGUGUCCUCAGGCACUUAAAAUUCCAAAGAUGGACCAGCAAAGAUGGGACAUUAAGGGGCAGAUUUAUCAAAGG